AUGUGUCCCCAACAAACGACCCGAGUGAACCAGUCAAGUCGCUCGUUCCGGACGCCCCGGCAACCGACGGAGGCCAAGGCCUCCCGUCCAAUUGCUCGGAAACAGAAGAAACCCAACUGCCAGCAGCUCUCGAUGACCUCAAGGGAGCUGUGGAGCGAAGGGUACGACAAGGUAGCUGGAGUAGACGAGGUUGGACGCGGGCCCUUGGCUGGCCCUGUGGUCGCUGCUGCCGUCAUCCUUCCUCGGGAAGCUCAAGGCGAGGUAGGUGUGGAUGGCGAGGCUCUCGAGUACCUGGAUCAGCUGGACGACAGCAAGAAGCUGAGCGAGAGGCAGCGAGAGGAAGUUUUUGAGAAGCUCACCCAAGAUCCUCGCGUUGUGUGGGCUGUCGAGUUCAAGUCCAACAGAGACAUCGAUGCUGGCAACAUUCUAGCAUGCGCGGAAGCAGCUAUGGUCUCUUGUACCGCUGCAACCCCUCCCUCACUCCCCGCAGACGGAAAUCGAGUGCCCAAGGCCUUGAAGGUACCUGCCGAGCCCAUCGUCAAGGGAGAUGGGUUGUGCUGCAACAUCGCAGCAGCAAGUAUCAUCGCCAAAGUCACUCGUGAUCGCUUCAUGAACGAUGCCCACGAGAAAUGGCCCGAGUACAAUUUCCUCAAGAACAAAGGUCUGCCAUAUUGUUGA